UUCUCUCUAUUUUUCUUCAUCAUGGCGAAGAUCAAGAUCGGGAUUAAUGGAUUCGGAAGAAUCGGGCGUCUGGUCGCCAGAGUUGCCCUGUUGAGUGAUGAUGUUGAGCUUGUUGCUGUUAAUGAUCCAUUCAUCACCACUGAUUACAUGACAUAUAUGUUCAAAUACGACAGUGUUCACGGUCCGUGGAAGAAGCACGAGCUGAAGGUUAAGGAUUCCACGACCUUGCUCUUUGGCGACAGGCCGGUGACUGUAUUUGGCAUGAGGAACCCCGAGGAAAUCCCAUGGGGCCAGGCCGGAGCUGAUUAUGUGGUCGAGUCGACUGGAGUUUUCACUGACACAAACAAGGCAUCAGCACAUCUCAAGGGAGGUGCGAAAAAGGUUAUAAUUUCUGCCCCGAGCGCGGAUGCGCCCAUGUUUGUUGUUGGUGUGAAUGAGAAGGAUUAUAAGAAGGACAUCAAUAUCGUUUCGAAUGCUAGUUGCACUACCAACUGUCUAGCCCCGUUGGCCAAGGUUAUCAAUGACAAGUUUGGUAUUGUUGAGGGGCUGAUGACGACUGUGCACUCCAUGACCGGUAUGUCUAAUUACAAUUUUCUCGUUAUUUUGUUCGAUGCAUUAAGCGUGUGUUGUUGUUGUUGUUCAGCAACACAGAAGACGGUGGAUGGUCCUUCGAUGAAGGACUGGAGAGGUGGAAGAGCGGCUUCGUUUAACAUCAUUCCUAGCAGCACUGGUGCUGCUAAGGCUGUAGGGAAAGUACUUCCUGCACUGAAUGGAAAGCUUACUGGAAUGGCUUUCCGUGUCCCAACCGUUGAUGUCUCAGUCGUUGAUCUCACUGCUAGGCUCGAAAAGGCAGCCUCGUACGAUGAGAUCAAGGCUGUGAUCAAGCAAGAAUCAGAGGGUAAAAUGAAGGGGAUUUUGGGAUACACAGAAGACGAUGUCGUUUCAACCGACUUCAUUGGUGACAGCAGGUCUAGCAUCUUCGAUGCCAAGGCUGGAAUUGCGCUGAAUGGGAACUUCGUUAAGGUUGUCUCUUGGUACGACAACGAAUGGGGCUACAGCAACCGCGUUGUGGACUUGAUCCGACACAUGGCGUCUGUCGCUUGACCUGGUUAUGUUGCCUUGCACGAGCGUAAUAAUUUCGUCGGCAUCACAUGCUAAUCUAUCUCAGUUUCCAAAAUUGGUUAGGUAGUUGGAAAUAAUUUAAAUGUUGUGAUGAGGAUAAGUUUUUUCUCAUGGAUUUCAUCAUGCUUAUAUAGUAGUAGGUAUUAGUGUUGCCAAAUUUUGUUGCAAUGGAAUCAUUUCCUCUACUCGUAUUUGAUACAACUCAACUCUCAAAAACAAAUAUUUACUUCAACUCAACACUUUUAUGAUGUAA